CUCUCUCUCCCUCUCUUUCUCUCUUUCUCUCCGAUGAGGAAGCUUUGUCCCAACUUCGACCGGGAAGACGGCCUCGACACUGUCCUUGAGGUUCCCAUCCCCGAGGAGAUGUUCUCUUGCAACACCAACAAAGCCCACGCUAUCUCUUGGCAAGCCAUGAAAACAUGGGUCAAAUCCAACCAGCACCACAAAUCCUCACAUGUUAAUUCAAUCGCCUCCUUAUUCGGCGGCCGCAACGCCGAGAUCCAGCUCCUCCUCGGCGUCGUCGGAGCUCCCUUAAUCCCACUCCCCAUCAUUUUUCACCACCAACCCAUUACUUGCAACAUCAAAGACAAUCCCAUUGAGGCGUCAAUGGCGAAGUACAUAGUGCAACAAUACGUGGCCGCAGUGGGAGGGGAGCAUGCCUUGAAUUCGAUUGAUAGUAUGUAUGCCAUGGGGAAGGUGAAGAUGGUGGCGUCGGAGUUUUCUUCCGGCGAAGCGUGUUUGAAUGGUAAAGCGACGAAGGUGAAGAACGGGAAAGGCGGCGGCGGCGGAGAAAUGGGUGGGUUUGUAGUGUGGCAGAAACGGCCGGAGCUAUGGUGUUUGGAACUGAUGCUGUCGGGGUGUAAAAUCAGCGCAGGUAGCGACGGGAAAGUGGCUUGGAGACAAACUCCUUGGCAUCACUCUCAUGCUUCUCGUGGCCCUCCACGUCCGCUCCGACGAUUCUUGCAGGGACUGGAUCCAAAAUCGACGGCGACUCUGUUCUCAAACUCGACCUGCGUCGGCGAGAAAACGAUCAACGACGAAGAUUGCUUCAUUCUAAAUCUGGAAGCCGAAUCGCCAGUCCUACGCGCAAGAAGCAGUAGCAGCGUCGAAAUAAUCCGCCACACAGUUUGGGGAUAUUUCAGCCAAAGAACCGGCCUCCUCGUGGAGCUAGAAGAUUCGCAUCUCCUCCGAAUCAAAGCCGGAGGAUCUCGAAACGACGAUAUAUUCUGGGAGACGACAAUGGAAACCCUAAUUCAGGACUACAGAACGAUCGACGGCGUAAACAUUGCACACGCUGGAAAAACAACCGUCUCGCUUUUUCGAUUUGGCGAAAGCGCUGAAGGCCAUUCGAAAACGAAGAUGGAAGAGACUUGGGAGAUCGAAGAGGUUGAUUUUAAUAUCCAGGGUUUGUCGAUGGACUUCUUUUUACCUCCCAGCGAUUUGAAGAAGGAGAAGGAAGGAGUAGGUGCAACGAGUAAUGGAAAGUUACCGUUGACGAUGAGAUGUGCGGCGUCUGGUUCGAAGAUUUGUUCGAGAGUGGCGGCCAUUGAUGUCGAUGAAUCGGAGGGCAGUAAUCAGAGUGAUGAAGAUGAAGAGGUAGAGCCGUGAAGAAAUACAUUUAAAUUUUGAAAAUCAAAAUUUUUGGAAAUUUGUACAUAAUCCAUGAUUUUAUAGAUGUAAAGAGAGAGCUCUCUAUUUAUA